UCAGUAUCGCAUAUUAUUACCUAUUGCAUACUUCUGUAUUACCUUCUCAAACACACGUGUUGUGUCUUGUAGCACUAACCUCUCUGAGAUAAGAUUACGUAUAAUUUAGUAACGUAUCUUUUACAUAUGACACAUUGAAUCUGUGAAUUACAACACUACCAGCCGGUACCGAAUAAUUCGUGAAGUAGUUGCUGAAAAUUUCCUCAAGAUGAUAGAAAAACUACCGGAAACGAUUAAUUUCCCGAAGGAGGAAGAAGUGAUUUUGGAAUUGUGGAAAAAGUUGGACAUUUUUCACAAUUGUUUGAAGCAAUCUAAAGGAAAACCAAAAUAUGCAUUCUAUGAUGGUCCACCUUUUGCUACCGGGUUACCUCAUUACGGACAUAUACUAGCCGGUACGAUAAAAGACGUUUUAACAAGGUAUGCUCAUCAAUCUGGUUAUCAUGUGGAAAGAAGAUUCGGUUGGGAUACUCAUGGAUUACCUGUCGAAUUUGAAAUAGAUAAAACUCUAGGCAUUAAAGGUCCUGAUGAUAUUGUUAAAAUGGGAAUAGCAAAUUAUAACAAGGAAUGUAGAAAUAUUGUAAUGAGGUAUGCAACAGAAUGGGAAAUCAUAGUGAGCAGAAUUGGUAGAUGGAUAGAUUUCAAGAACGAUUACAAAACUCUUUAUCCUUGGUACAUGGAAUCUAUUUGGUGGAUUUUUAAAGAGUUAUAUAAUAAGGGUCUUGUUUAUCAAGGUGUUAAAGUAAUGCCUUUUUCGACUGGUUGUAAUACACCACUGUCUAAUUUUGAAUCAGGACAAAAUUAUAAAGAAGUUGUUGACCCUUCUGUAGUUGUAUCAUUUCCUUUGGUGGACGAGCCAAAUGUUUUCAUUCUUGCUUGGACCACUACACCUUGGACUUUACCCAGUAAUUUGGCACUUUGUUGCAAUCCUAAUUUUGAAUAUGUAGAAGUUAAGGAUCAUGCUUCUGGUAAUAUCUAUAUUAUAUUAGAAUCAAGUUUAGAACUUAUAUAUAAAUCUAAGGAUUUAUAUACUAUACAAGGUAAAAGAAAAGGAUCUGAUUUAAAGGGAAAGAUGUAUGUACCUCUUUUCCCAUAUUUCCAAAAUUUAAAAGAAAAAGGUGCUUUUAAAGUAUUAAAUGAUACAUAUGUAACUUUAGAGACUGGUACAGGCAUUGUUCAUCAAGCUCCUUAUUUCGGCGAAGAUGAUUAUCGGUGUUGUUUGGCAGCUGGUAUUAUAACAAAAGAUCAAGAAAUCGUAUGUCCUAUUGACAGCUGUGGACGUUUCGUGGAACCAGUUCAUGAUUUUGUUGGGAAAUAUGUGAAAGAUGCUGACAAAGAAAUUGUUAAGUACCUUCAAGCAAAUAAAAGAUUAAUUUAUAAUGGUUCUACUAAACAUAGUUAUCCAUUCUGUUGGCGGUCCGACACUCCAUUAAUUUACAAAGCUGUGCCAUCUUGGUUCAUUAGAGUAGAAGCCAUAAAAGAUAAACUUGUAACAGCAAAUAGUAACACUUACUGGGUGCCGGAUUAUGUUAAAGAAAAACGAUUUGGUAACUGGCUACGGGAUGCCCGUGAUUGGGCUAUCAGUAGAAACCGCUAUUGGGGUAAUCCAAUUCCUUUAUGGAUUUCAGAAGAUGGACAAGAAAUUGUAUGCGUUGGAAGCAUUGCAGAAUUAGAAGAGUUGACAAAUACAAAAGUAACUGACAUUCAUAGGGAAAGUAUAGACCAUUUAACUAUUCCCUCAAAACGACCAGGGCAUCCACCAUUAAAGCGAGUACCGGAAGUCUUUGAUUGUUGGUUCGAAUCUGGUUCCAUGCCAUAUGCACAGAUGCACUAUCCCUUUGAACAUAAAAAAGAAUUUGAGGAUAAUUUCCCAGCAGAUUUUAUUGGAGAAGGUAUCGAUCAAACUCGAGGAUGGUUUUACACUCUUUUAGUUAUAUCGACUGCUCUUUUUGGAAAAGCUCCAUUUAAAAAUCUUGUUGCCAAUGGUUUGAUAUUAGCCUCCGAUGGACAGAAAAUGUCCAAACGCAAAAAAAACUAUCCAGAUCCUAUAGAAAUUGUUGACAAAUAUGGAGCAGAUGCACUUCGUUUAUACUUAAUUAAUUCACCUGUUGUGAGAGCUGAAAAUCUGCGUUUCAAGGAAGAAGGAGUUAGAGAUGUCAUAAAAGAUGUAUUCUUACCUUGGUAUAACGCAUUUAGGUUCUUACUACAAAAUAUUGAAAGAUUUCAAAGAGAAGAAAAGAUUACUUUUGUGUACGACGAUACUAAAGAUAUAUGCUCUAAUAAUAUAAUGGACAGAUGGAUUCUAUCUUUUACUCAAACAUUAUUACAAUUCUUUAAACAAGAAAUGAAAGCUUAUAAAUUAUAUACUGUUGUACCUCACUUGGUGAAAUAUAUAGAUAAUCUUACUAAUUGGUAUGUAAGAAUGAAUAGAAAACGUAUUAAAGGUGAUGGUGGUGUAGUUGAUUGUCAGCAGGCAUUAAAUACUUUAUUUUCUGUUCUUUAUACUAUGAUACGUAUAAAUGCCCCAUUUACUCCAUUCUUAUCUGAAUUUAUGUUUCAAUAUUUAGUAAAAGUACUUCUGCCAUCCAAAAGCAACAUGGACAGUGUUCAUUACCAAAUGAUACCUGAACCUUGUUCACAAUUAAUCAAUGAAAAUAUUGAAAAAGCUGUAUCGUAUAUGCAAACUAUAAUUGAAUUAGGUCGCGUCAUAAGAGAUAGAAAAACAAUCCCUAUUAAAUACCCAUUACCAGAGGUUGUGGUGAUACAUCAAGACGCUGAAGUACUAAAGGAAAUAGUACUGCUAAAAUCAUAUAUUCUUGAGGAACUUAAUGUGAAAGAAUUAACAGUUACUACAGAUAAGCAGAAGUAUGGUGUUACAUUGAGAGCAGAACCAGAUCAUAAAAUACUUGGAGCCCGACUUAAAGGAGAAUUUAAGUCUGUUACCCUAGCUAUUAAAGAACUUUCUGACGAACAGUUACAAACCUUUGUCGAGAAAAAAGAGAUUACUGUACAAGGUCAUAAACUUGGAGAACAAGAUUUACGUUUAAUGUUUAGUUUCACUGGACCAGCUGCUGAACAAUUGUCUAAGCAAUAUGAAGCUCAUAGCGAAGGAAAUGUUUUAAUUCUCUUAGAUGUUACUCCGGAUGAAAGUAUGCAUAAUGAAGGAAUAGCAAGGGAAGUAAUCAAUAGGGUUCAGAAAUUAAGAAAGAAAGCUCAGUUGGUUCCAUCAGAUGAAGCAAUUGCAUAUUAUGAUAUCGAAGAUAAAAAUAGUAAUUUAGCAAAGGUAAUUAUUAGUCACAAAGAAUUUAUUGAAAGUUCAACUAAAACACCCCAAGAAGAUAUGUCCAAGAUGCCAAAUGAAGCAAAUAUAAUUAUAGAAGAAAUGCAGAAAAUUAAGGGAGUGAACAUGAAACUAACUUUAGUAAACACUGGUCAUAAGAUUGAGAAUAAUAAGGCAGUCAUAGAAGAACCAUUAUUAAAGUAUGUAAAUGUUGAAGUUCUGGAUAUAAAACCAAGAUUUGGUGCUACAAGUUCUGUUGGUACUAUUUUAUUAGAAGCUCCAAAAUCAUUAACUCGUAUCUCAUAUGAACAAUUAAAACAAGAAAUUGAGUUACUCUUUGGUAUUUAUGGUUAUCCUUAUGAAAUGUAUAUUGAUACUAAGCUUGUGUCAGAAAUAACUGACAUUUCUUUAUUACACAAACAAACUAUAAAAGUAACAAAAGCAGGAGCAUCUAUAAAUCAAUUGUCAAUAACUUCAACACAUCCAGUUUGUAAAUUUGUUAAUGUCAGUGGCACUAAAGAAAAAGGUACUAUCCUUUUAGAGAAUCCGAAAGGAAAUUUUAGUUUAGAUCAUGCUAUGCUGAAACAACGAUUGCAUCUCUUUUUUAAUACAAUUAACGUUUCUGAAUCUUUACCUCCUGAAAUGAAUCAUUUGCAUGGAAAGACUUUGCAUUUAAGUUAACUUUUAUUUAAAAAAUAAAUUUUAUUUAUUAUUUAUUUAUCGAUAAUAUUAUUCCAAAUUAUGUGCUUUCAUUGUAAUGUAAUCUGGUAACUAUCUACAAAAUUACUUAUUUAUUUUACAAAAAAGUCAUUGUAAUUGAUAACUUUCUCCUGCAAACAAACAGUAUGUACUUCUAACCAUUUUGUAUAAUGAAAAGUUAAUAAAGGGCUAUAA